AUGGCCGUUUUCAAUAUCAUAGAUCAAGCUGCAUCCUAUGGAGCAUACCAUCACAACAACGUUAACAAGUUCAUUCACAUUGUGUUUGUACCUGCUAUAUUGUACACUGCAUUCGUUAUGGUGUCAUUCAUUCAAGUGGAUGCUGCUGUGCCAUUCCUCCAAAUGCUCAACUCUAUCACAACAUUCCUCCCAGUAUCAAUCACAACUCCAAUUGCCCUUUUGAUCGCCUCCUACUACGUCAUCUUGCACACUAAGGUCGGACUUGUCGCAUUCAUUUGGGUGAUGGCUGCCAACUACUUGGCCGAGGUCACCAUCAACACCGUCCAGAACCCAUUCUAUUUCGCUCUGGUCAUUCAUGUUGUGUCUUGGAUCGCUCAGUUUGUUGGACAUGGCGUGUACGAGGGUCGCCGUCCAGCUUUGAUGGACAACAUCUUCCAGGUGUUUAUCGCACCAUUCUUUGUAACGCUCGAGAUCAUCUUUUUGCUUGGCUUCAUGAACAACACUCAACAAAUCGUUGAGAAGCAGAUCAAGGUCAACAUCAACGCCAUGGCAAAGAGCACAAUGGACAAGAAGAGAUCCGCUACUCGCUCUUAA